GAGCCAUACACAAUCCAUAUUUGUUCAUCUGCUGAGCUCCACCCGAGUGCGAUACGCAUCCAUGGCGACGACUAGUUUCUCCCCCUGCGCCGCCGCCCGGCCGCCCUCUGCUUCCUCGCUGAACCGGCAUCUGGACCCCAGCCGCCGAAUCUGCCUCCCGCCGCAUCGCCCUCUUGCGUCGACUGCGCCGUUGAGGGCGUGGGGGCUUGCGGCGACCCCGUUGCGCGCCGCCCCGGCGAGGAUCGCCAUCCGCUGCGGCGCGCUCGCUCAGAUCGGCCAGAGCGAGUUCGCCACUGAGGUGCUGGGAUCGGAGCUCCCCGUCCUGGUGGAGUUUGUCGCCGACUGGUGCGGUCCUUGCCGAUUGAUCUCCUCCGUCAUUGAGUGGGCUUCGCAGGAAUACAAGGGAAGAUUAAAGGUCGUCAAGAUUGAUCAUGAUGCAAAUCCUGGGUUGAUUUCAGAGUACAAAGUUUACGGCUUGCCAUCACUCAUAAUCUUCAAAAAUGGUCAAGAGAUUCCAGAAAGUAAAAGAGAAGGUGCAAUCACCAAAGUUAAGCUGAAAGAGUACUUGGACAAUUUUUUGGAAUCCACAUCUGUAGCCUAACCUCUUCUCAGCUCAUCUUGACGUAGACUAUCGUUAAUUCAUGAUGCAUCAGAAUCUAUAUAUCUCUCUGUAUAAAAAUCGAUGUGUGCUGCUGCUUUGGCUGCAGGUUUUAGAAUUGGCAUGGAAACUAAAAUUUUCAUUCCUGUUGUAGAUGCACGAUACCCCUAGUUUUUUUGCGAACACCUUUAAUUUCAUUUGUUAAUAUGAGCCUUCGCAAUCUUAAGCGGGGCCUUGAGCUGGAAAUUUUCUUUAUUCUAAUCGAAACUAUCUGAAACUUAUGUU